CGGGAGGAUAAGAGAGGAGCCUCUGGUCUUUGUUUGGGUCGAGCUCUGCAGACUCAUUCAUUCCAGGACAUGUCGGCUCACGCUGAAGGAAAAAAACCUGACACCACACGAGGUUUCUGAUAAACGAGCACGGUGAACGCUCGUCCUCACAGAGAGUGUCUUCAGCUCCAACACAACAUUUGAAACGCACGUCUACGUCUGCUCCAGAUCAGAGAGGUCAACAGGACGACUUCUCACACCUCGUGUAUCAGCUCUCUGAGACGAGCUGCACGCCUAACGGAGUCACGUUGAUCUCAAUGCAGGUCAGAGUCAUGGGAUACAGCGGCGGUGUUUACAUCAUCUGGCUGCUUCUGAUCACUGUCACAGCUGUCAGUGAAGCUCUGGAGCUGCACACCGUUCCCUCUGUGACCGCACGGUGUGGAGACACCAUCACACUGACCUGUGAGGCCAACUCAUCACGCCAGAUGGAUAUCAAAUCUUUUAUGUGGAUGAACAACGGGAAAACUUUGUGCAAAUAUGAAGAAGGCAAUCCUCAAAUGAACGGUCCGUGUGAAUUCAGUCCCCCAAACAAGCUCAUUCUGACUCUCACCAACGUGAUGCCGAGCAUGGAGUUCGAACACCUCUGCAAAAUACGCACCACUGCUGGAGUAAAGGAGUCCAAAACGCUGGUGUCUGUAGACUACUGUGUACGAAACUCCAACUACUCCAUGAACAGCACUCACACCACGUGUUGGUUCUUCAACAUUACCCCCAUCCAGGUCAUCAGUUGGUUCCAGGGAGACACUGUGAUUGAGUCUGGUUUAACAGAGUUUUCAUCUGAAGAUAGUUUACUGUAUGAUUUACACAGCACAGCACAGCUGGAGGACAGGAAUAUCAGCCGGCCUUAUAGAUGCUGUUUAAUGACAACUCAUGAUGAAACUCCACUCUGCCAAACCCUGGAAAUGACUUCAUCUGGAUCCAUGCUCAAAGAACAGUGGAUUUGUGUGAUGUUGGAAAUCCUGUUGGUGAAAUUUCUGACAUGAAAAGGGAAAAGAAAGAAGAAUGAAGUGUUCUGCAGACAGGAGAGAGUUUUGUUUUUGUUGCUUCUUAUAUUCACAUUCUUUGAAACUUUCAUGCAUGCAGAGUUUUUGGGGACUUUGCAGGUAAAGAUGUUUCUACAUGUGAUGCUCUGUCUUGCUUUAGUUGCUGGAAAUGGAUUUUUGUAGUUCAACCUUUUGUCCAGAAGGAGGCAGCCUUUCCUUGCAAGAGCACUGACUCCUGACUCGACACACCUUUGCAUGUUGCAUUUGCUUUAACUGAGGUCUCCAGCUGCUACAUUCAUCUACAUGUGCAUGUUUCAUAUGAAUGAGAUUAAAGUAACUCAGAAGGGGAUUUGAAAAAUCUGAGAAACUAAAAUGCAAUAGAGGGAUUAAAUAGGGGCUAUACGUACUGCACAGGAUUAAGGCCACAUUCACAUUGAUAUCAUGAGAACACGGUGUGAUACCCGUCUGCUGAGAGGUGGUUUUAUUUUGCAAGGUGAGACGUUUGCACACUUCGCACUGUGCAAACCUUUCUGCUUCAGGGUUGUCUGGGCAUGCCACCUCAGGUUUCUCAUGUCAGGAACAAUAAAAAUGGAGCUCCACCUC